AUGGAGAGCAGGGCAGGCGGCCCGCAGGCCACCACGCCGGGGCAACAGCUCCGCGCCCUCUUCUACGUGUUGUCGCCCAGUGAGAGCGCCUUCCGCACGGUGGAGGAGGUGCCCGACUACGUAGAGAAGAGUAUUCCAUUCUUCGUUGCUUUUAUUGCGCUGGAGUUUGCUGUCAGCUGGAUUCAGAAGCGUAAGCUGUCAGGUCGAAUCAAUGAUGGUAUAUGUUCUCUUUCUUUAGGUAUUCUGUCUCGACUGCCAGAUGUUUUAUUCAGAAGUGUUGACUUAAUUAGUUAUAUCUACAUAUGGAAUAACUACAGACUCUUUGAACUUCCCUGGGACUCACCAUGGACGUGGUAUUUGACGCUCCUGGGAGUGGACUUUGCAUACUACUGCUUUCAUCGCAUAAGCCAUGAGGUUAAUAUACUGUGGGCAGCGCACCAAGUACAUCACAGUUCUGAAGAUUACAACUUAUUCACAGCCUUGAGACAAUCUGUACUACAGAGGUACACCUCCUGGAUUUUCAACUUGCCCAUGGCUCUUUUCAUUCCCCCGUCAGUGUUUGCUGUUCAUCUACAGUUUAAUCUACUCUACCAGUUUUGGAUACAUACAGAGGUUGUUACCAGCCUUGGGCCUCUGGAGUGGAUUCUUAAUACUCCCAGUCAUCACAGAGUUCAUCAUGGUAGAAAUCCUUACUGCAUUGACAAAAAUUAUGGUGGCACAUUCAUUAUCUGGGACAGGAUAUUUGGAACAUUUGAAGCAGAAGAUGAGAAAGUCAUAUAUGGUUUAACACAUCCAGUGAAUUCAUUUGAUCCCAUCAUGCUCCAGUUACGUCCCUUGGCUCAUAUUUGGAACACAUUUUGGGCCACACCUGGAUUCUGCAAUAAGCUUUCUGUCCUAUUCAAAGGGCCAGGCUGGGGACCAAGCAAGCCUAGACUUGGCCUUCCUGAGGAAAUCCCAGUGAUCACUGGAAAAGAAGUUCCCUUCAAUCCAAGUGUACCAGUUUAUCUUGAUUGCUAUGCAGUUAUACAUUUUGCUGUAAUAAUGGACUUAUAUACUGAACUUCUUGCUGCUGUGAAUAUGUUAUCACAGGGAACUGUUCUCCUGAGAAUUGGCUUUAUCAUUCUUUCCCUGGCCUGUUUGGGACUACUUAUAGAGAACAGGCCUAAAGCAGGAAUUUUGGAAAUCAUCCGCUGCUUAGUCUUCAUGGGUGCGUACAAACUUGACUACUUCAAGAGUCAGUUUUCUUCCUUGGGCUAUGCAUAUGAGGUCUUGUUUCCCCUCUGUGCUGCAUUUUGGGGAAUCUAAAUUAUGAAGCGGAUCACUUCAUCUAAACAUAAACGUCACUGAAGGAGCAGAACAUCACUAAUUAUGGAAACAGCGCUUUGGAAAAAUCUUCUAGAUUCCUUGGAAGUAAUCAACUGUGAAUCUUACUGAAUUACAAUAAUUUCACUUAUGAUAAGAGAGGAUUUUUAUUUCGUAUGAAGG